GGCGGCAGCGCGGCUACCCGGAGCCGCACCCGGCCGCCGCGCUCGGCUCAGCCCAAGCAGGAAGCAGGAAGCCGCCGGCGCCGGCAGGGAUCAUCAAUUAACAAAAUUAGAGUGACGAAUUGGCUGUAUAGUGACCGAACGUGUCCGAAGAAAACCUUAAGGGAGAUCAGCUGAGCUCUGCAGCGUAUCUUCCAAGUCUGUUGCCAGUCUACAAUUGCAUGGCUUUGGGAGGAUCUUUGUUACACGUUCUGAACAGCAGAUAACUUUGCCUAACCACGUAACUGUGUUUCCUAAAAUUUGAUACCGGCUGUAGAGUAGAUGGCUCAGCUUCCUCCUGGCAUUCGCUUCAUCACUUUAUUUUCAAGAGAUCAGUGGUAUAGAGCCUUCAUUUUCAUUCUCACUUUCUUGUUAUAUGCCAGCUUCCAUUUAUCGAGGAAACCCAUUAGUAUAGUUAAGGGAGAGCUGCAUAAGCACUGUGGUGCUUCGCAUGAAGUUGAACUCAAUUCCUACAGAGAAUAUGCUGGACAGAUUCAGCCUGUCAAAAAGCCAUCUAAUGUGUCUCAGUGUGGUUGGGAGCCAUUUGAUAAGAACAACUACAAGCAAUUACUAGGAGCACUGGAUUACUCUUUUCUGUGUGCAUAUGCAAUUGGAAUGUAUCUGAGUGGUAUAAUAGGGGAACGGCUACCUAUCCGGUAUUAUCUGACAGUUGGAAUGCUUGCUAGCGGCCUCUUCACUGCAAUGUUUGGAUUGGGUUAUUUCUAUAAUAUCCAUAAUCUGUGGUUUUACAUAAUGGCCCAGAUAACUAAUGGGUUGGUGCAAACUACUGGCUGGCCAAGUGUUGUUACAUGUAUUGGCAACUGGUUUGGAAAAGGAAGGAGAGGUUUGAUCAUGGGAAUAUGGAAUUCACAUACUUCAGUGGGAAAUAUCUUGGGAUCCUUAAUUGCUGCUUACUGGGUGUCUACCUGCUGGGGUCUGUCCUUUGUGGUGCCUGGUGUUAUCAUUGCUGUGAUGGGGAUUGUUUGCUUCCUGUUUCUUAUUGAACAUCCUAAAGAUAUAAGUUGCUCCUACACACCAUCCAGUAGUUCUAAAGCCUUUCUGAAUGGUGCGGGUCGAUUCAGAGUCCAGUCCUUAAACGUUAAGGAAACCUGCCAGUCUCAGGAUUCAGAGAUGCAGCAUUUGCUUAUUGACAGUGAAAACUGCACUGUGUCACUGAACUCUGGCACUUCAGUCCCUGCAGAAGGCAGACAUGGGACAUCAGCUAUCAGCUUCCUUGGGGCCUUGCGAAUACCUGGAGUCGUAGAAUUCUCUCUGUGUCUUUUGUUUGCAAAAUUGGUGAGCUAUACUUUUCUCUUCUGGCUUCCUCUGUAUAUCACAAAUGUAGAGCAUCUUGAUGCCAAAAGAGCUGGGGAUCUUUCCACACUGUUUGAUGUUGGUGGAAUCUUUGGUGGAAUUUUGGCAGGCCUGAUUUCAGAUCGACUGGAGAAGAGGGCAUCUACCUGCGGAAUGAUGUUAUUGCUGGCAGCACCCACAUUGUACAUGUUCUCUGCAGUCAGUAAAAUGGGCCUUGAGGCUACUAUAGUGAUGCUACUUAUCAGUGGUGCCCUGGUGAAUGGUCCUUAUGCACUGAUCACCACUGCUGUCUCUGCUGACUUGGGUACCCAUAAAAGCCUGAAAGGGAAUGCAAGAGCCUUGUCCACGGUGACCGCAAUCAUCGAUGGAACAGGAUCUGUAGGUGCGGCUUUGGGGCCUCUCUUAGCUGGUCUCAUCUCCCCAUCUGGUUGGAACAAUGUGUUUUACAUGCUGAUGGUGGCAGAUGCAUGUGCCUUGCUAUUCUUACUCCGUCUUAUACAGAAGGAACUCCGGUGUAAUGCAGAUUAUACCCUCUUUAAAGAACACUGAGCUGGGAGACCAGACUUGGAAUAAAGACUGUGUAAGUGAUCAGAACUCUUCCCUGGAAAAAGCUUUGUGGAAUGCGCUACUCUGUAGUUAAGAGAUUCUACUUGGUGAAGAAUUUUGCACAUUUACCAGAAGCAAAUUGAGAAAUGCAGCUGGUAAAUCCCUGAAGCUCUUAUUUUUGCACGUGAAUAAGUACCUCAGGAUAGCAACUAUUCAUCAGAUGGAGAAACAACAACUUUGCAUAGCUGCUAGCAGAGCGCCUCAACUGAGCCAAAGAGAAAUACCAAGUGCCUUUUCUUUCUUUUGAUAGGAUGUUUUUCAUUAAAUUCUUAAACUUUGUAUUUUCAAAAAACAAGUCAACAAUAGAGCACAAGGAAUUUGAAAUUGUAGCAGUCUAGCCGUGGAAUGUCCCAGUGGUAUUAGAAAUAUUGGUAAACAAAGUAUCCCUUAUGUCACCUUGUGCACAUCGAGGGCGUCACUUCAUAGAGGACAAUACCAGCUGGCUAUUAAGAUACACUACUGUAGUGUUUUGGAGCUGCUCAGAUGAUGAUAACCUGACCAUAUCAUUAGAUAUUAACUACAGUGCUAAUUCUGAUCCCAAGGACAAUAUUUGAUGUUUUUGCAGGUAAUGAAAUGGAAUUUAUAAUUGCAGUGUACUGCAGUAAGCAGUUUUUACAGACUUUCUGAAUGGAUGUUACUCCUCAGUUAGGACUGUGUAAAAAGGAGUCCUAAGCUGCAAAAAAGCUGGUUGUGAGUCAGAAUUUCCAGUAAGGGACUCUAAUGAUUUUCAGGGCAUUAUAAACUGGUUGUGCAUAUGUAACGUUACAGUUGUGCUACUCUUCUAGGUCAAGUUGAAAUGAGAGGAUGUUUCUUUGAGGUGGGAGAGAGCUAGAGAACUGCAAGCAGUCAUAUUUCAGUACUGCAUUAUUAGAAAGAUUAGCUGUUUUAGUGCCCAGUGCCACAGUGAUCUCAACUGUGCACUCUGAUUUCUGUGAUGAGGUGUGCACAUGGAAGUCAUUUUCAGAUCAGGGCCUUAAUAACCAGAAAUCUCUUUCAAGUAGCUAAUUACAAGUGGCUCUAGAUUUCGGAUUCAGAGCCAAAAUAUUUAUAUAUGACAAAAGAAAAUGUCCUAGGUGGUAAGUUGUAAGAGAACAUUUCAGUAACUAGCGUUACCCAGCAAAUAGAAAGAUUAACAUCUUCAAACAUAUCAUUUCUUCGUACAGCUAUCUCCUUUGCUAAACAGAUGUUUCUGUGAUUUUUUUUUAAGAUGUGCAAAGUAAAAGAUUUUUUUUGUAUGAGGUGUUUAUACUUAGGUUACAAAGGUUAAAUAAUUUAAACUGUGUAUUAUUCUUGACUAUUUAUUAAAGCUGUAGGCACAUGUCUUGUUCUAAAUGAUGCUCUAAGUUUUGUGAAAUAAUGCAGUAGUCUUUAUACUUGAUCAACAAAACAGCAUUCUCUAAAAUAGUCCUGCAAAACAUAUGAAGAAAUAUCUCAUGAGCUGCUGGUGUUACAUGCCAUGAUUUGGCACAUUAGUGAAUUUUCAGGGCUGUUUUAUAAUGGUGCAGUCUUUGAUCAGGAUUUGAUUCAGUGUAUACUUUAUGCCUAACUUGUAAAGUAUGUAUUCAUUUUUCUGUGUUUUGCUGCACAGAGAUACAGGGAACACCUCAGUCCCACAAAGGCUUAAGGCUUGUACCAAAGUCCUCACAAAUUAGUGCCCUAUGUAGGCUUUGAGCUUUGAACAUUUAGAUGAAUGGUUGACUUCAUACUGUACGAGUAAACCUGUUGAUGGUGGGAAUAUUUGACAUGCACAAAAUGACUCGCGUUUGUAAAUUUGUUCUGCAUUUGGGCUUUAGACUGUAGUUUAAUGCAAUGGAGAGUUCUGCAGCAAUGUUGCUUGAAGACAUUUCCAUCCCAGUGCAGUGGCACUGCACCCUCUGUUGGCCAGUCUGAUUGUUGGUGGGACCAUUUACCCAAUUAGGGAGCUAGUCUAGCCCAUGAUGGGGAAAAAUAACACUGCAACCCCAAAACAGCUAUGGUGGCACAACCUCAAGGGCUGUGAGAAGAGGGAAGACUACUUUAGCUGAAGAUGCCAAUCUCUCUUCCCCCCCAAGAAGGUACAUAGAACUAUACACUCACCUAUCAAAAUGAUUAGUGCUCUUAAAGUCUACUUUGUUUAGAUUUUGUGAAUCUGUUCCCCGUGAACUGAAGUCUUAGGUUAAAAUGCUUUUAGUUACAUUUAACAGUUACAUAUUAUAAGGAUGUUUAAUUAUGUUUUACAUAUUUUAGUUGUUGGGGCUGCUGCUGUUAUUUAUAUAUUUAUUUGAAAAGCUUUUGCACUGCAUUGACUCGGAUAUGGGAUGAUGACAAUGCUGGGGGUGCUGGGCUGUAUCUUCCUUCCAUUGAUUGCAAAAAGGAAUUAGGACUCUUAAUAUGCUGAUUUCUCUUUCCUUGCUAACAGGCAGCAUUUUGGUUCCUUCCAGUUGUAAAUUUGUUGGACAAAAAUAUAAAGAUUGUUUUUCUUUCAUAACAGCCUGAAAGAUCUCCGAAGUUCUGAAAAAAAUGUAUGUUUUGUUAGUAUUGAGUGUCAGUACUCAUUCUUCUGGAAAUAAAUAAGAUGACAAAACGUUCUGUAUAGAAACGUGAGUGACCAGUAGGUAGCGCUGAAUUUAAAUAUGACUGCAAACUUGUUUGUUUUUAAUGCUGGUUAUUGUGAAUUUUAACUAUUUCUCUCCUGUGUUGAAUAAAAAUGCAUUCUGCUCUAAAA